AUGAAAGCCUGGGGCUCUGUGGUGGUGACCCUCACCAUGCUAAUGGCUGCCACUGUGGAUGCCAAGAUUUAUGAACGCUGUGAGCUGGCAACGAAGCUGGAGAAGGCGGGCCUCGAUGGCUUCAAGGGCUACACCACUGGAGACUGGCUGUGCAUGGCGCACUAUGAGAGUGGCUUUGACACCUCCUUUGUGAACCACAAUCCUGAUGGCAGCAGUGAAUAUGGCAUUUUCCAACUGAACUCCGCCUGGUGGUGUGACAAUGGUGUUACACCCACCCAGAACCUCUGUCACAUGGAGUGUCAUGAACUGCUCAACCGCCAUAUUCUUGAUGACAUCAUGUGUGCCCAGCAGGUAGUGUCCUCACAGGAAGGUAUGAAUGCCUGGGAUUCUUGGAGCCAGCACUGUUCUGGCCAUGACUUAUCUGAAUGGCUCAAGGGGUGUCAUUUGAAUGUAAAACCUGACCCCAAAAGAAUUCAUUCAUGA